GCCAAACUCAUGAACCCUAGCUGAAUUCAGAUAAACACACUCAAUAUAUCUAUCGACACGCAAUGGAUCAAGGAACUAAACACAGGAAUUUUCCUUCCUAGAAAAUAACCCUGAAGUGAAGUAGUUAUAACGAAGAAGAUACAACUCUAGGUAGUCAUGAGAUUUCGUACUACCCUGACCAAAUUCCAAGUUCACGGACAAUUCUUGCCUGUAGUUGCUCCCCUCUUUGUUCCAACAAUGGUUCAGGGAAGGAAAGCAGAAUUUACUAAAACAUGAGAAUCUUGUGACCUGCAGGUUUCAUAAGCAUAAAAUGCUGUGGUGGAAAAGGGCAAACAGAUAGCUCCUCAAUAACUUGGAUAUCAGAUGAUCAAUGGUAUCCAGAUGAAACAGGUUGCCAGAGCAUAGCCAGAGCAUCUCCCGAUAACUACACAACAGGCCACGAUAAAGUUAGAUAUUUCUACAUUGGUAACGCUGAGAAGAGAUGUUACAGCUUGCCAACAACUCCGGACCACGACUACUUGAUAAGAGGCACAUUCCCUUUCAGCAACACAGUACUAGGGUCGGAAUCCCCUACCUUUGAUGUCUUGGUUGGUGUAACACCAAUAGGUUUGGUGGACUCUUCAGGAGAAUCACAAGUUGAAAGCAUCUUCAGAGCUACUGAUCAGUACACAGAUUUCUGUUUGGUGCAAGAAACAGGAGAUCCUUACAUUUCACAGAUUGAAUUGAGGCCCCUGUAUGAUGAUUCAAGUUACCUGGAUGGAAAAGAUUCUGCGGUCCUCCUGAAAUUGGUGGACAGAGUGGAUUUGGGAAACAGCGGGAAUACAAUCAGGUUCCCAGAUGAUCCAAAUGACAGACUGUGGACAAGUCCCGAUACAGAAAGAGUCAGUUUGUCUGCAAUAACCGCAAUCAACAAUACCAUCUCCAAGGCUGCUGCAAAAGUGCCUCUCAAAGUUCUCGAAACUGCAAUAACAAAUGAAUACAGUUUCCAGUUCUUGUACAUUGAUCUUGAAACAAGGGAUUGCAACUAUACUAUCUUUCUCCACUUUUUUGAGCUAGAUGACAAUGUUAGGCCUGGCCAAAGAGUGUUUGACAUCUAUCUCAACAAUGAAAAGCAGAAAGCAAACUUUGACAUACGGGAAAAGGGGUCAAACUACAGUGAAGUUGCUCUCAACGUUACAGCAAAUGGUUCUCUAAACUUGACCUUAGCCAGGGUCGAGAACAGAUCCAAAUUUGGACCUAUCCUAAAUGCAUAUGAGAUCAUGCAGAUUCGUAAAUGGGUCCAAGGAACUAAUCAAAGAGAUGUGAGAGUGAUGGAUAGGGUGAAAGAUGGGCUGCUGCAGCAAAACAAGGAGAACAAGAAAUUGGAGGGCUGGUCAGGAGAUCCAUGUCAGCCUUCUUCUUGGGAUGGUCUUGCCUGCCACUACAGUAAUGGGUCCACUAUCAUCACUAAGCUGUAAGUUUUAACUUGCUACAUUGCAGAGACCAUGUGUUGCCACAGUAAGCAAAGACUGUCCAAACACCUGGGCAGUUGUUGCUUCUGUCAUUUAGAUCUUUUGAGCAGCUUGUACUAAAUGUACCACGUGUCCUUACAGGGAUAUCUCCUCAAGUCAACUUCUAGGGCAAAUUCCCACCGUGAUUUCUCAGCUAACCUACCUGAAGGAACUGAACCUCAGCAACAAUGGGUUCACAGGCAAGAUUCCAGAGUUCCCAAGGUCAUCUAUGUUGACAGCAGUGUAAGUUCCUACUCCAAGCUAUGUUCCUAAGGCAGUAAGACCACAGAAAGCCUAUUUCCAAACUUGUUCAGAGAGAGAUAUUAAAAACUGCAACUACAAGCAAAUGCUGUCGAGAUGGAAGCUGUAGUCAUACAAAAGCUAAAUUCUUGCAACCAUCUCAUCUGAUUAAUCCAUGAUCACCAGGGAUCUAAGCUACAAUGACCUUUCUGGGAGUCUUCCAGGCACUUUAGUUACAUUACCACAUUUGACAACGCUCUUAACCAUUUCACAUUCCAUGAUUACCAGAAAUUUUGGAUGCAAUGUUCAUGUCAGUGCAGAUCCUUCCACCUUUAAUCGCUCAAGACUCACAACAGAGUAUGACAUCCUUCAUAUGUUCCACUCUAGGGAAUGUGCCAGGCCAGGAUCUCCAAGUAAACACAACCGCGUUGUUAUUGCUAUUGUAUGUGGAUCUUUCCUAGUAGCGGCAGCUGUUGCAGCUGCUUGUCUCUGGCUCUGCAGAAAAAAACUCGGAAAUUGGCAAUGUAUGAAUGGAAAACAACUCUUAAUGUCAAAGGGUGCAGUAUACUCCAUAGCCACGACCAAUGAGGACCCCUUGAAGACUAUAAAUAUUCAAAUGUUCACUCUAAGUCAGAUUGAGAAUGCAACCCAAAAAUAUAAGACUCUCAUAGGUGAAGGAGGGUUUGGGUCAGUUUAUCGUGGCACACUAUCUGACGGUACGGAUGUAGCAGUGAAGGUGCGAUCCUCUACCUCAACUCAAGGAACAAAGGAAUUUCAGAACGAGCUAAACCUUUUCUCAGCAAUUCGGCAUGAGAACUUAGUCCCUCUGAUUGGUUACUGUAGUGAAAGUGAUCAGCAAAUCUUGGUCUAUCCAUUUAUGUCAAAUGGCUCGCUGCAAGAUCGGCUUUAUGGAGAAGCAUCAAAAAGGAAAACUCUAGACUGGCCAACCAGACUUUCUAUUGCUCUUGGAGCUGCUCGAGGCAAUGCAUAUUUCAAUGAUUUCUGUUGCUCAGGCUUGACAUUUCUGCACACAUUUGCUGAACGUUGCAUUAUACAUCGAGAUGUAAAGUCCAGCAACAUUCUUCUAGACCAUAGCAUGAACGCCAAGGUAGCAGACUUUGGAUUCUCAAAGUAUGCUCCUCAAGAGGGCGAUAGUGGUGCUUCUCUUGAAGUAAGAGGAACAGCUGGAUACUUGGACCCCGAGUAUUACUCAACCCAGCAUCUAACAGCAAAAAGUGAUGUCUUUAGCUUCGGAGUGGUUUUACUAGAAAUCAUAAGUGGUCGGGAGCCACUCAACAUACAAAGGCCUCGGAACGAGUGGAGCUUGGUGGAAUGGGCUAAACCUUAUAUAAGGGAAUCGAGGAUCGAUGAAAUUGUUGAUCCAGGUAUAAAGGGAGGGUACCACGCAGAAGCUAUGUGGAGAGUGGUAGAGGUGUCUUUAGCAUGCAUUGAGACCUUCUCUGCUUAUCGUCCAUGCAUGCCUGAUAUCGUGAGGGAGUUGGAAGAUGCUUUGAUCAUAGAGAACAAUGCAUCUGAAUAUAUGAAAUCCCUAGACAGCAUAGGAGGAUACAGCUUGGGAGGGUCAAAUCGCUUCUCAAUAGCAAUGAAGCCUCCUGUUCUACCACCACCACCACCUACCCCACCAGAACCUUCACCAGUCAACCCCCAAUCAAUGGCCUCGGUAGCACCAAGAUAGUGGAUGCAAAAAUGUUGCUUAGCAUGUAUGAUAUCAAUUUCAUUGAGUCAUAAGGAAGAUUAUGAAAGGACGAAUGCUCUUUCACAGGAGAUGAUGUACCUGAUAGUUCAUUACGAUUUGUUAAUUUCAUCUCUUCAGUAUUGAAGUUGAGAGAACCACUUUUUUUGAAAAAUGACUCAAAACGUUAAAUGAGAUUGUAUCCUGAUUUUCUUAUCUAAAAUAGUAGG